AAUUUCCUAGUGUAGACAUGCCCUCUGAGAUUUAGCCAGACGCAAACACCAUCAAAUAGAAUAAAAACUAAAAUCACUGAGUGUUUGUGCAUUUUGGGUCACUAAGUUACAGAAAUAAAACCAAAGAAGCUAAGUUUUGUCAGCAAACUGAAUACAUCUGCUCAGCAUUUGUGUAAAUAUGUUGUGUGCCGCUGUCUGACACUGACCAUUUAUUUUCACUGUAUUAAAAGCAGUAAAAUACAGCACAAAAUGGAUCUGAAACACACUGUAUCUUUAGGACCAAAAUAUGAAAGGACUUUGAUGGUCUGCUCUUGCAUUGAUGAUACUGCUCAUAUUUCAGUCAUUUGUGCUGAAAUAAUUUAAAAUAUUUGAAUUGCAUAAUUAAACAUUUUUAUCGUUAAUUUAUUCUUUACAAAGGACCCAGAGGUCUCUAUUUUUUUUUCUUAGCCUGUGCACAUCCAAUUUCCAUUUAUAAUGAGUUUUAGUUUUGUCACUGAAUUCAGUAGGAGUAGGUUAAGGCUUGUGGCCCACAAAGGUCUCAGCUGUAGUUGAUUGUAAGGUGCAUCAUUGAUUUUUAGACCCAAAUUUACCACUAUUUCACAUAAAGCUGGCAUUGUCACUGUGCAAAUUGCUGCCAUCAGAAAUGCUGACUUGGGACUGAGGUUAAAACAAAUGUUGCAUAUUUUGGGAAUAAUUUGUGUUGGAAAUUGCUAUAUACAUGUAAGGCAUCAUUAAAUAUUAGCAUUAUUUGAACCUUGCUAGAUGCAACUAUGGCUCCCUGUACGAGUGAAUAAUCUGAACCUAGAGCUCAGGGAACAAUUCACAGAGAUUAUCUUAUUUGAUAGAGUCUCUUUUACUGCUUACAGAACAUGUGCUUGCAGAUGUCUACUUCCUCAUUGUUCAAACGUAUUCACUUUUUUCUGCUCUAUGGUUUGGUCACCAACAGUUUGCCAGUUCACUGCAGCCACGCUGGCAUUGUCGCCUGGAGAGGAGGACCGAUUGGAGCACUGGCACAGUAAAGCUUGCAAAUGUGAUUGUCAAGGAAGUGCCAACACAAUAUGGGCCACUGGAACUAACAGCUUAGCGUGCAUGCCAGAGUGUCCCUAUCAUAAACCUCUCGGGUUUGAGUCAGGAGCACUUCCUUCCGACCAGAUAAGCUGCUCCAAUUCCGAGCAGUACACCGGAUGGUACACUUCAUGGACUGCAAACAAGGCCCGACUCAAUGGCCAGGGGUUUGGGUGUGCAUGGCUCUCCAAAUUUCAAGACAAUGGGCAGUGGCUGCAGAUUGACAUGAAAGAGGUCAAAGUGAUCUCAGGGAUACUCAUGCAGGGGCGCUGUGAUGCAGAUGAGUGGAUAACAAAAUACAGCGUGCAGUACAGGACUGAUGAGAACCUGAACUGGAUUUACUACAAGGACCAGACAGGAAACAACCGGGUUUUCUAUGGAAACUCAGACCGAUCAUCCAUUGUCCAGAAUCUCCUGCGCCCGCCUAUUGUUUCCCGCUACAUCCGAUUAAUACCAUUAGGUUGGCACGUGCGCAUUGCCAUCAGGAUGGAGCUUCUGGAGUGCAUGAGUAAAUGUACUUAAAGUCCAACCACUCAUGGCUUUCAAAGGGGUGUGAGGAGAAUCCCUAGCAAACUGUAGAAAGACAGUAAACACAGUGAUGAGGGUAGCAAAGAUGGGCUCGAUUCUGCCAUAACAACCCACAGCCCAAGGAUGUAAGUCAGAGCAGAAUCUGGCCCCAGUUAGUUUUGUUGAAACUGAUCCCAGGAACUGAGCUGUGCAGAAAUACCUCGUUUUGUGUCUUGAAAUUUUCAGUGAAAACACAGGGUCUGGGCAAUGAAUUGCAUCUGCGCUCACCAAAGCAAGAAAAUGUCGAACCUACUGCCCCCAUUCCAAAGGCCAGAAGAAAAUGUUUACCAAAAAUAUCUUCCUCUCAAGACUAAUUUUUUCCCACAAGGGCUGCAGAAGAUCGUACCUUUCCAUUGAUGCUUAUCGGCCUUGCUUAGGGGAACUAAAGCCCAGCAAAGACUUAAUUUUAUUUUUUAAGCACCUUUGCCUAUGAUUUCACACAGCUCCAGUUUCUGAUUAUAAUCUAGUUUAACUGCUAAUCUCCCAUUGAAUAAAAUUAAAAGAAAUUGUACUCUGUGUUUGCUUACAAUAUUUUCAAAGAUUUAAAAUGUACCAGUAAGAGUUUAGAGGGUUGCUUAAAAUUGUAUUUGGUGAAUGUGAUUUGAAUAUCUAGGUGUUUAUCUGUAAAUAAUGAAACCAAACUUUUUGUUAUAUGCAUUGCUUCUGCAAGUAUACAGGGUAAAUGCUCAUCAUGUAAAUUAAAGGCCUUUCUGGAACUGAAAGGGAUUUAAUAGCAUAUUAAGUAAUAAAGCCAAAAUUAUUAUGGAAGUGCAUUGAUUUUUGAGGGAGAAAUCUUAGCAAAAUAAGGAAAAGUGCACUGUUUUUAUCAGGCUGUUGGGGCACUAGUUCUCAUCUUAGAUGGAUGAAUACUUCCUUUGAUGCCUAUUCUUAACUUAUCUAACUCCCUCAAGUCCCUGAUCUUGCCUCUGUCAAUGGACAAUCAGAAAUGUACAUGGUGUCACUGAGCAGCACAGGAAGAGGGAAUUCUUUCCAGAUGCCUUAUCAUCAGAUUACAUCAGAUUGAACAUAGCAGCACACACAGCUUAAAAUGCUGUUAUAGACUUAACAAAUCGAACAAAGCAUUUAAUGAAUUUAGUGCUUUUCACCCUAAAUAUUUAAACAAACUUCACUCUAUGCCUCAGAUAUACCGUAACUAUUAAACCCAUUAUACAGUGAGCUUGUAGCAAGACUGGGAACCUGAAUUAGUCCUAGACAUCCCAUGAAGUUGCAUAAGGCCUUGCUCCACAUGCAGAUGUCAGACCAAGCAGCCAGUUCCCCCUCACAGCCUAUGGGAUUCUGGUGCUAACUGAGGUAUGCAGAAUGCAAGCAUAGAUGGCGAUGUUUGGUUUCAAGAGUAGUGAGUGCACUGGUGUGUGCAGGGACAAAGAGAAGACCUUGUAACACACACUCAUCAGUGGAUUACACUAGUACCUGGAUUCUGAGUCCUUUACAGGGAGCUAACCAGAGGCCACUGAGCCUCCUGAACAAGUGUGUUUUACGUCAGCCAAAAGGAGUGGUACAUGUCAUGGCUGGGAGGGCACAUCAUGUGAAGAAAGUGGGAUGGUGGCAAAGGGGGCUUGGUACAUGAUUCAUUGGAACACAUUGAUAAUAAAUCAGAAGCAGGAAAAAAAAUGCUCCUGUGGCAAGUUUGCAGACUUCUGCUCAUUUGUAACAACAGGCUAACAGCUGCAGUGCUACAGGAAACACCUUUCACCAUAUGCUUGUGCAGUAUCCUAUGUUUUCACUGGUUGCUUGCCUCCCAAGUAUAAUUUAAAAAAAGAAGAGCCCCCCCUCACCAUAAAGAGAAACACCAUUCAUUAAUACCAGGUUGGAAAGUCUUCUUUUAUCAUCUUUUGUAUGAAGGUUUCUAACAUAUCUCCUGAGGUGCUCAGAGCCAAGGGGUGCACUUUCUGGAACUCCCCCUGAAGCCAAAAGGAGUGCCUUGUGCACAGCACUUACAGAACUGGUUUCUAGGGCAACAAUACAUUGAAGACAUUGCAAAUAAAAUGAAAUGUUGAUGGGGUUUCUCUAUCUGAAGUAGCCACUUCCCCCCUAUUAAACUAACACUGAGAACUAAGGGGUUCUUGGCCUAGGACGCAGUAACCAUUAAGUUAACAGAUUGCACCUUCAUUUUAUCAUGAUGUUAAAAUAUCUUAUUCCUCUGACUCUGGGGUUACUACUUCCCAACUGCUGUAGCCCAUGUCUACGGUAAACAUGUUCUCCUCAACAUCUUACCAUCACCCCUCCUAAACUCAUAACUCUCCCUUCUUCUGCUCCCUGCAUUUAGGAAAGCUUGUUUCUCUUUUCCCAGGAGGAGUAAUUCCUUCUUAAUGUAGAUUUUAUUCAACCUCCAUGGCCAGCCAAGGGAAGUGAGGGUGGGGGCAGGGGGAGGGUGAGAAACAGAUGUUGAGGCUGCUGUUUUUGUUGUGGGCAUGUGACUAGAGAGCUCUGAGGGAAAUAGCCAGUCAGAAUGGGGGAAUUUAUAGUGACUGGGAAGAGAUUCUACACAUUUGGCUCAACAGGUGAGAUGGAAACAUACAAACCUUGAGCUCUGAUUGGCUAACAAUGGCCAUGAAUCAGAGUA